UGCAGAGCUGUGAAAUUAUUUUGACCCAACCUUAAAGAUUCAUGUGUCACAACUGCAAUAGAAUAGAAUAGACCAAAAGUAUUCUGUGGUAUUUAAUUUUUACUGAAUUUUAUUGUAUUUUUCUUACUUUUCUCAUGUAUUUUUGUGUUCUCACUGAAAAGCAUGAUUACUUAAACGCUUUAUUGUAAUGAUAUAAUUCCUUCGACACUAUACAAUAGUGUAUCUUUGAUAUCUUAAUUUUCCUUCGAAAAUAAAUAGUACUUUAUAUAAUAAUAGUUAAAAGUACACUAAAAUAUUCAGUAAAAUGAGUGAAAAUCCAUCAACAAAUAAUAUUACUGAAAGUAAUGGAGGAAUUGAUCAUCCAGCUUUUAAUGGUAACACAGAAGAACAGUCAGCUAAAUCACCUUUAAUAACAGAAGAAAAAACACAAGACACAGCUGAUAAUAAUAAUAAAAAAACACCGACAGCAAGUGCAGGAACAAAUCCCACUGUUCCAGCUAACAGAGGUAAAAAACGUAAAAAGCCGGUGAGAGAUGCAACUGCUCCAAAACAGCCUUUAACAGGAUACUUCAGAUUUCUCAAUGAUCGAAGAGAGAAAGUAAGAGCAGAAAAUCCCACAAUGUCAUUUGCAGAUAUAACAAAACUUUUAGCUUCUGAAUGGAGCAAUUUGCCAGCUGAUCAGAAACAGCAAUAUUUGUAUGCGGCGGAACAAGAUAAAGAACGUUACAAUAAGGAAAUUAUUGAUUAUAAACAAACGGAAGCAUAUCGUUUAUUUACCGAAAAACAACUGGAAAAACAAAAUGAAAACAAAAAGGAAAGAAACGGCUCUGAAGUUUCUCUUGAACAAAACGAUACGCAACAGGAAAAAGACGAUUUUUCAGGAUUUGACAUUCCAAUUUUUACUGAAGAAUUCUUGGAUCAUAAUAAGGCUUGUGAGGCAGAAUUGAGACAAUUGAGAAAAGCAACAGCCGAUUAUGAAGGGCAAAAUGCAGUUCUCCAAAGGCAUGUGGAUAGUUUGCAUGCUGCCGUUAAUCGUUUAGAAUCAGAAACCAAUCAACAACGUUCAUCUAAUCAAGCUCUACAGAGACAUUUGGAUUCACUUCGAUCACAAUUGACAGGAUGUUUUGCCACAAUACCCCUUCAAGGAACGCAUGAGGGUGCAACGUUACAAAAUAUGGAUAGCUAUUUGGAGAAACUUGAGUCAUUGUUGUCUUGCAAUAUUGAUCCAUCUUUGCGAAAUGCUGUUCGCAAUGCUGUGUCUCAUCUUGAAUUGAUUGGAUGACAAUCACCCACCGCCGUAGCGCCUCCAAUUGUAAAACAUCAUCGCUCACGACAUUCGCACCGCAAAUAAGGGUAGCAUUUUAUUAAAUGACAAUAUAAUUCGCUACCCAGUAUUAAAUACACCAAACUGAUAAUAAAAAAUUAACAUUACAAAAACAAA